AGAGGAGGCCGUUGGUUAUAUAAAGCGUGUGAGUGGAUUGCUGCGGACUCCAAAAUAGGCUUUUCCCCAAACCUCCUGCUUACUUACAGUUUUUGAGUUUCGUUUUGGUUGGUCUGAUCUCGUCUUGCAUUUUUCUGUCAGGUGGGAGCAAGAGCUUUUAUUUUCAGUCUCCUUUUCUUGAGUUUUGAACCACAUGGGUGAUCAAAAUAAAACACUAUCCCGGCCCAUAUUCCGUCGAGAUGUCCGCUGGGAUCCUUUCCCAAACUGGACUCAGCCAAGCCGUAUUUUUGCCCAGGACUUCGGCAUUCCUCCUUUCCUGGAGCCCAAUGAUCUGGACUGGCUUGACUGGGCAAAAAAGAGACUGGCUUCUUUCUCCUGGCCGGGUUACACGCAAAGCCCCCUCCUGCCUCCCAUCACGCCGGACCAGAAGAGUCUGAGACAACUGACUAGCGGUGUGUCUGAGGUGAGAACGGGGCAAAACAGCUGGAAGAUCAACCUGGACGUCAAUCAUUUUUCACCCGAAGAGAUCUCCAUCAGCACAAAGGAUGGCUACUUGCAAAUAUCAGGAACUCAUGAAGAAAAGCAAGAUGAACACAGUUUGGUUUCAAGAUGUUUCACUCGUAAAUACAAGUUACCACAAGGGGUGAAUCUGCAGCACAUCAGCUCAUCCCUGUCCUCAGAAGGAAUGUUGUCCGUAGAAGCUCCCGUCCCAGGAACAUCCAUCAGCAGCCCGGACAAUGAGAUCGUCAUCCCCGUUCAGACCAAAAAGACACAGGACAGUGAGAAAUGAACAUAGUGAGCAGAAAGUAGCUCAAACUGUGCAUAGCAGCAAUUAUUAAAAUUACACAAAGCAGACUAGAUUGCUUAAAUUUAAUGUUAUCAUUUGCUUUUUGGGAGAUUUGAGACUUUUAUAAUCUAAUUUAAACUUAAUAAAAAGCAGAAAUGGUAUUGGAUCCAAUAAAACAAACCCUUGCUGUCCUUUUUAAUUUUGUAAUUUUGCACUAAAAUUUUGUUUACUAUAAACUGGUCUUUAUCUUACUGUUCUUGUAGAAUGAUUGUAUUAUGCAAUUUCAGCCUUCACAAUGAAACAGAAAUAAAAUUUGGUAAAAAUACA